AUGUCUGGCGUCGAUACAGGCAGCGCGCUCGCGCAGCAGAUCCAGCUCGCAGUGCAGCCGAAGCUGAUGGAAAAUGGAUGGGUGGCCGAAGAGACCGACACCACCCUCGCCGAAUACGUGACCAUGAUGAUCGUCAACGGCAAGGACAUCCAAGGCGUGCAGUCAGAGCUCGGCAGCGACUUGCUGGGCCUGACCGACGACGAUCCGACUGUGCGCGAGUUCGCGCAGUGGCUGUUCGACCAAGUGCGCAACAUAUCUCAACCGCAGCACACUCAGCAAGCACAGCCAGAGCAGCAAGAUCAGCAGCCGCAACCAAUCCCAACGCUACAGGAU